AUGUUCUAUGGAGACGAAGAAGAGUUACUUAUAGAGAGAAACGACGAGAAACUGGGUUUUCAAGAGUCAGACAAACAGUUGCUUUGGCUGUCAUUAUCGUCACCGAAAUCCGCAUCGAUUUUAUCGCGAAAGCGUUGGAUAUGUUUGCAGUUAUCGAUAGUCUGUGUAUUGUUUUUCUUCAGUUUGUUUUGUGUUUUACUUAUUUUGGCCAAACUUUCGGCCGAAUCCCAGCAAUCAAUCAAUAGACUGGUCGAUAGGUUUAGUUUCCUAACCACUGAUGACACCAACGAAACAGACAUUAUUGACACCAUCUUCUCCAAGACGAGGCUAAGACACGGAUCAGUUCGUGUGAUCACACAUUGCGGCACUUUGAUUGGCGGCAAAGAAUCCGAUGCCUAUGCCUUCAAAGGCAUACCUUACGCUCAUCCACCGGUGGGCGACCGUCGGUGGACACCACCGGAGCCGUUGUGUAAUCCGGACAGUCAUAGACACUGUCAUAAAUUUGGUUCCCAUUGUUUUCAAGUGAAUCCAAUCUCAAGAGAGUUGGAAGGAAGAGAAGACUGUCUUUAUCUGAAUGUGUGGACACCGACUAUCGAUCCGGAGGUAAGACAUAAGACAUUUCCAUUUGAGCCCCGGCUGAUGGCCGGACCCGAACUGAAGGAACCCCCCGUGAAUCCAUACCAUCACCGAUAG